UUUUAUCGUUCCACCGAUCGAGGAAGUGGCUUUAUUUUUAUCGGGCACAAUAAUGGCUGCUACCGAACAACUUCGUUGUCUCCUGCGUGAACAAGUCGGCAUUGGAGGCUCAUCGUUGUCUAAAUCGUCGGCCUGAAUCCCCCCCCGACCUUCCGUUACUUCCCCGUGCCUGGCUGCUGACCCACAAUGCACUGCCAGAGGUCUUCAGGUGUCUCAGACAUGCCGAUGUAACUCGUGGCUUCUACUUGUCCAGUCGGCCCACGUCACGCAAACGCAGCCGGAAGGUUCUGUCCUGGUUGAUCUUUUGUUGUCCCUCUGCCAUCAUGUCCGGUCCACGGGAUUUACCAGCCAUCGAGGAUUCUGGGAUGGGCGGGAUGAGGCUUCCCAUCGGGAUGACCCGGCGAGCCCUCAGCUAUGACGACAACCUGGAGGCCCCCAUGUCCACGCCGCCCCACGACAUCAGCAUCAACAACCUGUGGAGACGACCCGUCAUCCCGGAGAGGAAGUUCACGCGCCUGGCGGAGGAGGAUGAGAGCGGUGCAGUGAGUCAGUCCACAGUGGCGGACAGCGCCCUCUUCAGGGCGCCAGCUGCGGUGAAGGCCAAGGCCUCUUCAGUCAUCAUGAAUUCUCUCAUCACCAAGCAGACUCACGACAGCGUCUACAGGUUCGAGCAGAAGGCGGGGCUCACCGACACCAGCUACACCCCCCACAAAGGCCUCACCGCCGAGGAGACCAGGCUCCACCACCGCAUACCCGAGUCCCUCCAGAAACUGCAGAUUCAAAGUCUGGAGGCCAGAGAAGAUCGACAGAGCUCCUCCACUCAGUCCACUCCAUCCAACACUCCUCACAGCUCCCCGAAGCAGCAGCGCAGGGGCUGGUUCGGCAGCACCGGUUCAGAAGUCAGCGUCAGCUCCUCUAACAGCAGUGUGGAUCUCGGCGCCGGCGACACGGCGGUGGAGCGGUGGAGCGUUUUCGCACCACGGCCAGUCGUCCAGAAGUCGACCUCUGACCUGGGAUCAGACCCUGUGGCCUCAGCAGGCUUUGCGCUGCAGGCGUACCGCGGCGCCCAGAAGCCGACCCCCAUGGAGGUGAUGAAGUCCCAGGCCGCGCGGCUGGCGGACAACCCCACCGCCCAGCAGGUGAACCCCCCCAAAAUGGAGAUCCCCACAGUGGAGGGCCGCCGGCAGGGAGGGCGGCCGCACAAGCUGAAACCCAGAGACAUGAACGUGCUCACGCCCUCCGGCUUCUGAGGGUCCCGGCUAAUUUGUUUUAUUGAAAAAAAAAAAAAGUCAAAAGUUCUCUGCAACCAGUUUGUUGAAUGUGACGUUCUUUUGUUUAUUUUCCUGACGAUUUACUGAAUAUCCCCGAGUUGUUUGAGCCUUUUUUCUCUUUAUCUAGUUCAAUAAUCUACGAUGAAACGAAUACGUUUCGUCGGUACAGCCGAGUUUAUUCACUCCAAACCCUUUGACGGAAAUGCGCCGAAUUAUCAUUUCAAGCGUUUUUUUUUGACUAGAAAUAAACGAAACCAUCGCGACCGGAAGAGAAAAAUGAUCUUAUUUAGCAGGAAAGGUCCUGGUUGGUUUUGCAUGUUCGGCAGUAGUUACAACAUGCAACGUUUUUAAGAACUUUCCAUUUUUUAUGCGUCUCCUGUGCUGCUUGGCAGUGAGAAUCCUACCUUCCCUUGACCUUCAGUCUUUUUACUGUUGCAGCUGCAGGGUGCUGGCAGUGCAGGACCACUGGCUGAUCCUGAUACUUAGUGAAGAAGACUGGUCCUUGUUUUAAAAGAAAAUAAUAAUGCACUUUAUUCCCACUAGACAUAAAGCCUCUCACGUUUACCCUUUCCUCCAGGAUGCAAUGUCAAUGUGCAAAAACCUCUUCUUCCUCUGUGUUGAUAGUAUGUUCUUCUUCUCAAAGUGGCAUUUCAACAAGCCGGCUGGCAAGAGAACUAAAGUCCUUCAAUUUAGUUUAAUACAACUUAAACCACAGAACAAAAUAAAAAAGGUCUCAGGAAAUCCCGCUUACUGAAACGUUCCAUUUAUUUGUUUUUUGAUACAGAUGUUUUAAUUUAUAGAUUUUUUUUUUAAUACCAUCCACUGUAGCAACAGAUUAAUUAAUUUGGGACCAGUAGAAGCUGCUUGAUAUGUGACUCCCACGCCGACACGUUUUAAGGUCACUGGUUACUCAAAGGUGGAAUAUUGGAGAAAAGAAAUUGAGGGUUUAAGAAUGCAACGGUCGUUUGUGAACGAUUCCACGAGUGUUCGGAAGGAACCGUUGAGGGAACCGAGGCUUUCCGCAGCAACAGCUGAAGGAUAAUAUUUUUUUUCAUGGUUUCUGCAAGACGUGUAGCUUGGUAGCGCUUUAUGAGCACUAUGAUUUCACCUGUCAAAUGAAGUGAAUCAUCUCUUUGGCUGUUGUUGUGUCGCGCUUAUUAAUGAUUUUGCAAUUAUUACACACAGUAGUUUGUCCUCGUGCUAGAAAUAUCCUUUGACACUUAAAGUUCUGCUGUCAGACGUUGGCCGAUCCUGACGCACUCAGCAGCUGUGAAUAUGAAAUAUUUUUUUGCUGUGUUUUACAUGUGACACUACCCUUUGAAUCGCUCCCUGACUGAAGCAUCUCAUCUGAAUCUGUGGUUGUGACGUUUAUGUUCAUCUGUUCAAUAUUUUUCCAGUGGAUGGCAGAGAGACAUUUCCCUUUGUUUAUACUGUCUCUGAAUAAAUAAAUGUUACGUUGUCAUCA